GAAAGAUAUUUUGAAUGCAUUCACCCAACUAGUGACAUAAGAGUGAAGAUGGUUAUGAAAUACAAAGGGCCUGCCUCAGACACAGAUUCUGAAAAAAUUUUUAAUAUGAUUUUUAGAAAGAUUAUGAUCUAUUUGGGCAUGAAAAAUGUUGGAUGCGAGUUUUUAGAUCCUUUUGCAAGUAUCAACCUAACACAUUAUGGCUUAGAGAUUUGGCCUGGUUUUGCAACAAAUGUUCUACAAUGUGAUGGAGGGCUGCAAGUCUCUUUUAAUGCUUCUAAUUGUGUUGUACACAGCAAAUCUGUUUUGGAGCUUAUAUACCAUAUUCAACAAGAGAAACCAAAUACGUUCCAAGAAGAGUGUUCAAGACUGAUUACUGGUGCUACCGUUAUAACAAGAUACAAUCAUAAAAUUUAUAAAGUAAAAUACAUUUGCUGGGAUAAGCACCCAGAAUCCUCUUUCACAACAAAUCAGGAAAAUCAAAUAACUUAUUUAGAUACUACACCAAGUCAACUUCAAAUAACAGUCCAGGAUAUGGGUCAGCCCCUCUUAUUAGCUCAUGCUAUGAAAACAAUUAAUAUUCUAAAUGAAGAUUUCGAAGAGGAGUUAUGUAUAACUCUCAUCCCAGAACUGUGUUACUUUAUUGGGUUGACCAAGGAAAUGAGAAUGGAUCGAAGAUUGAUGAGGGAUAUUACCCAGAGAUUCCAGCCAUCACCUACCAUCCUACACGAUGGAAUAUGCAAACUUUUGCAGAAGAUUGAUGGCAAUGACAUGUCGAAAAGACUGCUAAAUGCAUGGGGUUUAAAUGUUGGUGUAUGUCCCCUGAGACUUGAAUCAAGAGUUCUAAACCAAGAGACUUUGUGGUAUAAGAACGCAAGAAUAGACCUUGCUGCUGGUCAGGCAAGAUGGUCUGUCGACCAUCAGUUCUUAAUCAAAAAAGAUCUCAAGAAUUGGGCGAUUCUUCACCUUGAAGAUGACAAGAGUCUGGCACAACAAUUAGAAAGCAACUUGCGGUGUGUAGCUGAAUCCUUUGAUAUGAGAAUUUAUCCUGGAAGACUCCUUCAAGUUCCAGAAAAUACCACUAACAGUUAUUUGCACAUCCUGGAGUCCACAAUUGAUCCAGCAAUUAAGUUAGUCAUUAUCCUUGUACCAUCUGCUCAGUCUGAAAGAUACGCAGCAGUAAAAAGAUUUUGCUGCAUUGAUAAACCCCUCAUCUCCCAGGUAGUUGUCACACAGACCUUGAGUAAAACCCCUAAGGUCAAACAUAUCACUAAAAAUCUUGUGAUGCAAAUCAAUUGCAAGUUGGGUGGAGCCCUUUGGAAUGUUACAAUUCCCUAUAGUAAGCUAAUGGUCUGUGGAAUUAAUAUUUUCCCUGACACUUCAAGAAAGUGUUUGGUAAUGGGCUUUGUUGCAUCAUCAGAUCCACUGCAGCUAUCUUGGCACUCCAAAGUCGGGUUUGGAGCUUCAAUAAAAGAAUUUGGGGACACUCUUUAUUUGGGCAUGUUAAAUGCUUUGAAAAGAUAUAAAGAGGUGUCAGGAGUUUUACCUCAUAGAAUCUUAGUUUACAGAGAUGAGCUCAGUGAUGAAGAGGUGAAGUUGAUACAAGAAAUAGAUGUUCCUAACUUCACAAAAAGUUUCAGGGAUGUUGCAGUGAAGUACCGACCAAAGCUCACAGUAAUAAUAUGCCAGAGGAAAAUUAUGACCAGAUUGAUGGCUGUUGAAGACGCCUGGGGUUUAAAUAUUGGCAUGUGCAACCCCAUGCCUGGUGUAGUGUUAGACCACACCAUCACCAGAUGUGAUCAAUAUGAUUUUUUUCUAAUAUCCCAGAAUGAUAAGUUUGGUACAGUUUCACCAACCCACUAUGUUGUGGCAUAUGAUAGUGGUGAUAUGUCACCUGAUAAACUUCACAAAAUUUCAUACAAAAUGGCUCAUUUGUAUUAUAAUGUGCCAGGCUUAAUCAGCAUACCAGCUCCAGUACAAUAUGCACAUCGCUUAGCCCGACUAGUCGGUGAACAUCUCCAUGAGGAGCCUUCUCCAGCCCUGAGUGAUACGCUGUACUUCAUUUGAGCAAUACUUUAUCUGAAGUGGAUACUUUAUCUGAAGUGGAUACUUUAUAGUAGGAAAAUGAAAUAUAAGAAUGGAAAUAUAUAUUAGGAGUUGAUUAAAUAUUUCCAGUACUUCCACAUAUUUCCAAUACUUCCACCCUGAAAAGAUUUUACAUUUGUGGUACAUUUUCAAAUGUGGUACAUUGUAAUUUUGACCGAAACCUUUCCAAGAAUGUUUAUUACUUUAUUACUUAUUUGUUAUGUCUUCUAAUUAUUUCCCUUUAGUUUUGUAUGUUUUCUUAGUUAUGUUUUUUGGUGUUAUUGUGAUUUUUAAAAAUGUAGGCCUUUAUGUUAGUUUUGAUGGAAGUGAGAACUGAGAAUUGUAAGCAAUGAGUGUUUAUGUAGUCAACCUAUUUUUAUAUUAGUCAGUAAACAGUUGGCUUGUUCUCAUUUUGUUCUUUCCCUCCAAAUUUUACUGUUCAAUAAUUGUUUGCAAUAUAUUACUUUUUGAUGAGAUUUUUUACAAAUCAAUAAUGUACUUUCAUUGGAGUCAUGGUAAACACUUCUUUAAGG